AUGUCUUCCACCACAUCAGCAUCCUUCAUAGACUCUGCUGCAAGCCCCAGCACGACUUACCCUAUGAGCCGCCCUUCGAGUGUCGGGACUGCCGAUCUGGGCAGGCUGGCGCUUACUGGUCGCGAAUCAAGCAGCGGUAGCGAUAUGCCUGCUACUACACGAGGAGCGGCAAAGAGAGAAGCUGCGAAUCCCAAACAAAGCUCCUCCCAAGCGGCUGGCAAGUCCGAUAAGGGGAAACAGAGAGCUGCAGCCUCGUCUUCCAAGCCAACUCGACAGCAGCCUCGGCGUCUCUCCAAGACGACAAGCACCCAGCGACCAAAGCCGGACGACGACGACGAUGAUAGCGACGACAGCGAUGAGGAUGAUGACGAGGGCGGAGGCGGAGGCGGAGGCUCUCCAGCUGCUCCUGAUCCACGGCAGGCAAUCUCUCGCAUGGUGCUGCAGACCCACCUGCCAUUCGAACCGAGCCAGCACUCGUUCACUGAGCUCGCCUCGCCAAAUUUGCCCGGUCGCAACGAAGCCAGGCGAGUCACAUCGUGCACGCAUUUGACCAAGGGCUUGCUACUGACGAUUCACAGUACACUGUUCAGAGCGAUGGUUGUAGCGAACUCCCAACUGGUCCGCACUCAGGCCGACGCGGCCGCCCUCAACCAAGCCGUGACCGUGCAAGGCCCAGAGUGGUCGCGUCAAAUGGUGUCACAGAUGCGGCUGAGGUGGAAGAACAUCCACCAAGACUACUACAUCUACGGAAACGGCGGACAAGGCGAAGACGCCAGCGGCACCAUACGAAAAAUCAGGGCACUCUUCGUCGCUGUCGAAGACACGAUUCGCAACUUCCCCGACAUGAGCAACGGCUCCCACUUGCGGCUGAUCGAAAUCCUCGUCACCGUGUUUGAGUACAUCUCCCAGCUCCACCACGAUGUUCGACCUGCUGGAGCAGCGCUCGCAUUCGCGGGCGGAGCCAGCCAGUACGAGCACAACCUCUGGCUCCAGUUCGCUACCAUUAGCGGGAACUGGCAGCCGUGUCUUGAGGUGAUGAGGCGCCUCGGACAGCUGAACUGUUCGGGCCACUUCAGGCAGAAGGAAGCGGCGUGGAAAUCAAUCUGGGCCUUUCUUCGCAAUCUUCACGCGACGUGGAAACCCCAGGAGGUCUCGAACUUCAUGAUCGGACUUCGACAAAGGCUGGCAGGAAUGGGCGUAUCGAUUGAGUGA